ACAUUAUACUGAAGACUGACUGAGGAGCGGCGUUGCAAAAGGGAAGGCGGCGCCUUCAUCCGAGUCGAGCUCGCUGCUGGGGAUUCAGGUUUUUGCGUCAGUUUGUCGUCGAAGCGCCUUCGAGAAGAAGCGGCUCUCUUUACUGGAUAGCAUAGACUGCAUCUCAUUUCAUCAGGAAUAUUUAGAAAAUGAGCUUGUGCAAAGUUUUUGCUUUAGUUUUGUGCUCGCUAGCUCUCUUUGGACUCACUUCUGCGCAACCUACUGAUGGAAAUGCUGCCCCUUUUAGAUGCUACCAGUGCAACUCAGUGGACAACCCCGACUGCGGUGACCCUUUCACGCCCAACAACACGACUCUAAAGGCAACCGAAUGUCAGGACUUGGCUUACAUUGCGGCGAUAUUUCUCACCAACACUUUCACCGAACAACGAUUGAAGCACGCCUGCCUUAAAACGAUCAAAACAACUGGUGACAAAGUGGUGGUCACUCGAAAGUGCUCGUUGGACACAUCGCAGAUCAAGGACUCUAAGGGCAAUCCUGCGCCCAACAUGUGUGACGAGGACCUGAAACAGUCUCCUGGAGAGCACUGCAGUGUCUGCUACACUGACGCUUGCAAUUCGGCACCGAAAAUGCCCCUGACCACUGCCCUUUUGGUCCCAACCUUCGCAGUCCUUUUCCUUAGAAGAAACAUGAUGUGGUGAAGAUGCUAAAAGUCAAAAGCAAUAUAGGAUAUUAAGUUGUAAAAACAUUCUGUGAUUCUCGUAAGCCUAACUGAUUAUUAUUCAAAAUUUUCGCUGAAAUAAAUAUUUUUGUAGUUAAUUUCAGAAAUUUUGGUUUAGUUCCGAAAAGAAAUCUGGGAAAUGAGAUCAUACUUAUUUUCUCUUCUGUUCUUUGCUAUUGCGAGUGCUAUUUUAGGUUUAAUUUGCUCUUGUGCACUUAUUAAACUGUAAGAAAAUACUGUUAAAAUAGUUAAAAUGAUGCAACCGUGGCCGCAAGAGCCUUGAAAAUUUGCAACAUUACUUUUUCUUUCCUCGAAUAAAUUGUUACAAAUUACGGUGGUCA